UGGCGGGGAACCGAACCACCCACGGAGGGUGGGAUGGACCCGGCCCCAAAGAAGGGCUGGGGGACGGGAGGGAAUGGCUUCUGAGUGGGCGACGGUCUUGGCAGGGCUUGAAUGACCUCGUGGUGACAGGAGAGAAGAGAUGGGAGAAGUGUCUCAGGUAACCAGAAUUGUUGCAGUGGCAGCCAGAUGUGCGGGUCACAGGGCAUGAGCACAGAGACUGGAGUGCAGAGCAGAUGAGACCAAGGAAGGGACAUGGAGGGACUGAAAGGGAAACCAGUCCUGAGUCCCUGCGCCUUCCUUCCUUCAGUCACUCUGUAAAUGUUCUGGACGCCCUUGGGGAGGCAGAGGGUGCAGGGACAUAAGGUGACAGGCUCUGUGCUUUUCCCCAGGUUUUGGAGUCCCUAUUACACAAAUAAGAUUGUAAAGGAAUGAAAUGAUGCUAAAUCUGAGGUGGGGAAAGCUGAUUCAGAAUAAACAUUAAAACUUUGCGGGGUGGUCCACAAAGCAAAACUUUUAUUUUGGUGAAUAUGGAAAUCCCUAAUGUGAGCAUUUAUAUAGCCUUAGUGAAGGAGAAGCUUAGAGGAAAAUUUGUGCCCCCAAAUGGUUAUGUUAUGGGGGAGGAAAUGGUGAAAAUAAAGGAGUUAAUAACUGACCUAAAGUAGUUGAAAAAGAGUAGUAAAAUUAAACCCAAAGAAAAUGAAAGGGAGAAUAUAUUAGAGAAAAAAAAUACAGAAAAUAGUAAAAUAGUAAAACAAAGCCAAAGAUUAUUUGAAAAAUUGUUAAUAUAAAUAAUAUUCUAAUGAAAUUGAUUGUAAAACAAGACAGUGCUUCCCAAUUUUUGUUUUUAAAUUAUAACCCCCCCCCCCCAGGAGCUUUUACAAACACAUUUUUCCUUAUAGGCUCAUGAAAUUUUAGUACCAAGGAUUUAUUGUAUAUCUCUUUAUGUACUGUGCUUUAUAAUUAAAAACUGUGAGACUAAUUUUCACUCCCUUGGGGCAAUAUUCUCCCUGUUGUGAAUGCAUAGAAUGAGAAAAGACACAAGUCAUAUUAGGAAUUAAAAAGCUAUAACCACAAAUCGAGCAGAAAGUUAAGACUCAAACAUAUUCUUAACAACUUCAUAACAAUAUGCGGAAAUAAAUAUCCAAAUUCCUAGAAAAAUGUGGUACCUAAAUGACUGAUAAAAGAAAUACAAGCACAAAAUAAUCCAGUGUGUUAGUCUGCUCAGACUGCCAUAACAAAGUACCACAAAAAGUUCCUUUAGGAUGAGGGCCACAUUCUUAUGACUUCAUUUAACUUAAAUCAUCUCCUUAUAGGGCCUGUCUCCAAAUACAGUCACACGAUGUGUUAGAACGUCAUAAUAUUAAUUGAGAUGGAGGGGGGCACAUCUCAGUCCAUAAUGUUCAGUAAACAUUAAACAAAUGAUAUCAGUAGUUUUAAAAAAUUCUCACAAAGAAAACACUAGGCAGAGAUGAUAUUAUACCAAGUAUACGUGGAGUAGAUUGUUGGGAUCAUGUUGAAACUACUUUCAAAAGGAAAGAAAGUAAAAACACCCCAAGCACAUUUUCUGAGGCUAUUAUUACCUAAUAUAAAACCAGUUAAGAACAGCACAAAAAGAAGAAAUUACAGAUCAGCCUCACUCAUGUUCAUAGAUAAAAAAAAUUCUAAACUAAUAGUAAACUCAAUCCAGCAGUAUUUACAAAAAUUAUCAUGGCCUAGUCAGGUUUAUUUAUAAAAUAUUAAAAUUGGUUUUAUAUGCAUUAAUGUAGUUAAUCAUAUUAAUAACUUACUGGAGAAAAAUUAUAUUCAUCACAAAGUAUGCAGAAAGAGAAUUUAGAUAAAAUUUAACACUCGUUCAUGAUUUGUAGCAAACCAAGAAGAGUAGGGAGACUCCCUAAUCUGAUAGAUGUCCACCAAAAGCCUUUCAUAAAUAUCAUUCUUAAUGGUGACGUAUUAGAGGUAUUUUUAAAGUCAAGAAUGCCUCCAUCACAGCUUCCAGUCAACAUGUCAUUAGAGAACUAGUCAGUACAGUGUUUUUUGGUUUUUAUUUUUUAUAGAAACCAAAACAACUCUACAGAUAUAUUUUAGAAUAAGGGAGCUUAGCAAGUUAGGUGAAUAAUCAGUAAAUUAAUACAUUUGUCCACAACACCAAUAAACAGUUUGAAAACUUUGUUUUUAAAAAUGCUAUUUACAAGAGCUGCUAUAUAUGUAUAUAUAUCUAUGUAAAUAUAUGUGUAUGUAUGUAUAUGUAUGUAUGUAUAUAUAUAAGUACAUAUGUAUAUGUAUACACACUGUAGGGAAAGGCACUUGGCAAAAUGGUUUAAGAUCUUUAUAGGGAAGUUUAUAUGAAAGGCGUUGAAUACGACCAAAUAAAUAGAGACAUUAUCAUGUUUACCAAUAGGGGAGGCUAGAUAGCAGAUUCAAAUCCUUUCAAAUGUAUCUAUAUAUUUAAUGUUGUUAUAAUAAAAUAUUAAGAGCGUUUGGGAGGAGUGGAGAAUUGGUGAGCUGAAUCUAAAAUUUACCUGAAAGAACAAGUGGCCAUAAGAAAAAUAAGGCGGAUGAUUUGCCCUGCCCUGCAAAGGCUUGCUGUAGAGCUCUGUAUGUUAGAUAAAAUAACUGAUGCCUUGUGUGUAUCAGACUCAGCUGGGUUAUCUUCUUGUAACAGCCCCCCACAUAUGAUUAGCUUAAAAGCACAAACUUUAUUUUCCACUUAUAUUCCAUACCCUCCUGCAUGUACAUAUCCACCUCAGGUUUCUAAGAGGGCAUUGCACAACACAGGUGCUCACCUGAAUCAUACCUACGUUCUUAAGAAUUCUAUCCAGAAGUGGCACAUGUACUUAUGUUAACAUUUCAUUGGUGGAAUCAAGUCCAAGCCUGCUAUGAAUGUAGCAGGGAAGCACAAUCCUUCCUUACAGGAGUAAGGGACAGAAAGGAAAAAUAACACAAUCAUCCAUACUAUAAUAAGAUAGUGUGGUAUUGACACUAUAAAUACAAACCAACAGAUGGAUAAAAGGAAUAGGACAAAGAGCACAGAACCACAUCCACACCUAUAUGGGAUCUGAAACACAUCAGAGGUGACGUGCAAAUCAUUGAAAAAAACAUAGAAUAGUCAACAAAUAGAAAAGGAUGGUGCUGAGACAUAUAUUUGGGAAAACAUGGAGUAAGAUCCCUAGCACAAAUUGCACUUAUUAAUUAAUUACAGUUUGAUCAAAGGCUUCAAUGUGAAAUAAAAUCUUUAAAACUUUUUUUAAUUUAAAUUUUUUCUUUUUAACGUUUAUUCAUUUUGUGAGAGACAGAGAGACACAGCCUGAAGAGGGGAGGCACAGAGAGAGAAGGAGACACAGAAUCCGAAGCAGGCUUAAGGCUCUGAGCUGUCAGCACAGAGCCCGAUAUGGGGCUUGAACUCACUGACUGAAUGAUCAUGACCCGAGCUGAAGUUGGAUAUCCAACCAACUGAGCUACACAGGCGCCCCUAAAAUCUUUAAAAUUUUUAGGAUAAAGUGUGUCUCACCCUGACCUUAACAGGGGAGAAUUACUUAAGUCAGAUACAAAAUCCUGCAAAUCUUUAAAGUAUAAAAUAAGUCACAUGCUAAAAGAAAAUAUUUGCAACAACUGAUAAAGGAUUAGAAUCCAAAAUGUAUAAGGAAUGCCAAAGAAUCAAUAUGGAAAGCAUAAACACCUGAAUCAGAGAAUGGAUACAGGUAGGAACAAGCACUUCACAAACAGAAAAAUGAAUGAACCCAAAUCUCUUGAACAGAAAACCAUCAGAAAUUAUGGAAAUGCAAAUUAAGCCCACCAUGAGAUGUCUAAUCAAUAGAUGAGUAUGCAAAAAUAUGACAAUAGCAAGUGUCAAACAAGGAAAAGCUAAUAUGCUAAUGACAUGCAUACCAAUCCUAUCAAUUCCAAAUAUCAUUUAAGAUAUUCCAUGGCUUUAAAUACCACUCCCCCAAAAAAAACAAAAUAAAAAACAAAAUAAAACUGCCAACACAAAGCUUUUUAUCACUUAUACUUUUUUGUAAAUUCAUACUGAAAGCUCUAUUUUAAACUUAGAAGGAUUUUUAGUGCAUAUCACACUUGUUUUGUACAUGCAAAAAAUGAAUAAAACAAAAGAAAUCAGUUAAGGAAUUUCUAAAUACUUUUUGCAUCUCAUACUGACUCUUUGCAAUCACUUUUGACUCAAGAGUUGUCAGUGCCUAUGCUUUUCCAUGGGGCACAGACAAGCCAUCCCCAUUCAGCCUUCUCUGCAUUUCUGAUCCACAGAACCUGUGCGCAUAUAAAAUGGUUCUCUUGUAUGUCACUACGUUUGGGUGGUUUGUUACACAGCAGUAGAUAACCAGAAUGUCCCUUAUUCACAAAGAACUUUGAAUGUUUACACAAACCUUCUAGGCCUUCUAGAUCCUUCCAUGUCCAUGGGUGACUUCAGUGUUCACACCAAUGACCAUUAAUUACUGUACUCUAGUCUUCCAGUUCAUCGACCUCCUGGACACCCACAGGGAUGUCCUCAUCUAAACCACCUCAGCUGCCUUCUUUGAGUUACAAAAAGGCAGAGUCUUGGAGAUUUUAAUGGCCACCUAUGAAGGUUUAGGGUAAGAGACAAAUGGAGGCCUCAUCUUAUCCCCCAUCCAAAGAUCCCAUGACUCCUGCCUGGGGUUGUCAACAGGCAGGACACUGAGCAGAGCUGCAGGUCACAAAGUCACCAUGCCAACCUUCCUGUCCAUCAUAAGGGACAUCACAGGGAAUUCUGUCUCUGUGGGGCAGGGAAAGGCCACUCAGGUAGUGGGACUACUGCCCCAGAUCCAGAUGUUUGCCUCUUCCAGCCAAAGGGCAGGUACCAGGUGGAGGCUCUAAGAGCACCUUGGAGAAAGAGCUUGAGAGAACAAGGCUCCAGGACACAGGGUUGAAGGGGAGACAGCAGAUGAGGCAGAAGCCUGUGGUGGCCAGGCAUGGCCAGCGCUGAUCCCCCUGCUCCAGGAGAGAGUGGGGCCUCAGGGACAACUAAGAAAAUGGGGAGCAGCAGCCUCUGGGUGCCAGGCCCUGCACUCUCCCUGCUCCUUCUCCUUUUCCUGCUGCUGCCACCUCCAUUGCUGAGCACAGGGAGCUUCCUGCACCGCCUCCCAGCCUGGACACCCUUCCACCAGGGCACCAGGCACUACAGGAGCAAGAUAGAGAAGCCAAAAACCUGCGAGGGUGCCUUUGAUCUCUACUUGAUCGUCGACACGUCAGACAAUGCAAACAGCAUUUGGAAGGACAUUUAUAAAUUUGUGGAUGAUCUGGUGAAGAGGUUUCCAAAUUCAAAAAUGAGGAUAUCCUUAAUCACCUACUCCACACAGAGCUACACCAUCAUGAAUCUCACCUCUGACAGAAGUAAAAUACAUAAUAGUCUUGAAAAAAUUCAGAAUAUAGUGCCUACCGGAGCCGCAAACAUGCAUGAAGGAUUUAAAAAGGCAAAUGAGCAGAUUGAAAAAGCAAUCUAUGGAGGCAACAAUGCUCCCAGUCUGAUUAUUGGUCUGACCGCAGGACCACUGACACCAAGGACAUUUGAGGAGACUAAGUCUGAAGCUGAGAAGGCUCGUGAAAGGGGCGCCAAAGUUUAUUCUGUGGGUGUAAAAGACUAUAAGAAUGACCAGCUAAAAGACAUUGUAGAAAGAAAUGACCAAUUUUAUGGGGUAAACAGUGGAUUCGAGUCCCUGGAAGACAUCGUUAACAUGCUGGUGGUAAAUUCCUGUCAUGAAAUUAUGGCUGGGGAGAGUUACUUUGUUUGUGUAGGAGAAGAAUAUGAUAUGAGAUUUUAUGAUACUGACUUACAUCAACACACGAUGGAUGAAAUUGUUUGCAGAUAUAAGUUGGAUGUCGACAAUAUCCUCCAUAAAAAACCUCUACUUAAGGAUGAUGAAUCUUUAGCUUGCCCAGGACAUGUAUUUAAGGAGCCUGGACAGGUGGUCAUCGUUCAAUACAGCCUGAACAAUGGUGUCACCUUCAUUGAGGAGAGCAUGAAAGUAACCAGCCUGAAUUGUGGCAAUACAUCGGAGCCCACAGAUGCCCCAAAGGAGGAGACUUCAAUCCCCACAGUUGUCACACAGAAGACAACAGUGCCCACAGUUGUCACACAGGAGGCACCAGCACCCAUGGCUGUCACAGAAAAGCCUACCCUUGACUACCUAUUCCCAUUGUUCGUCCCAACCCUGAUCAUUAUCGUGGUGGUGAUCUGCUGUCUCUGUUGCUGCAGGAAGCCCUGCAAGGAGCUACCAGUGCAGAAGAUAGUAAUGAAGCCAGAGACAUGUAUACAGACACGUACCCCGGUGAUUGUCCCUUCUUGUAUGUACCAGGAAGACACUAUAAGUCGGAUAGAGGGCAAACUGGACACCUUGUGUGACUUUGUGCAAAGCUGCAACCAGAUCCCAUUGAUGUGGUGUCAGCCCAGGAACGCGGGGAAGUAUAUCAUCUUCAACUUCGUGAAUCCCCUCUGCGGGCAGUUGCCCUAUAGCCCAAACAUUUGCCUUCCACCCAGCCAGGAGUGCUUUCCUCUCAACAGCUGCUGCUCACAAUGCCAACACCCCUCCUUCAUAUGCUCCCAGCCACCCUCCAGGAUGCUGUCACUGCUCCCUCCUCCUGCGCAUGCACUCUCCAGAACUACUUUGUCACUCCCACCCCCAUAACCCAGCCUCUAAAGUCCCCAAGACCCAAGACUGUUAAGAGCUCUUUGUGUACCGAAUUGGAUAUAUAUAUAUAUAUUGAGUCUUGGUUUACGAUCAAAGGAGUUGGAAUUGUGGCUGAUCAACAAGAAUUUGUUGCCUGGUAAGCAUUGUUUCGCUGUAUGUGACGUAUCUAUACUGCUCCUGCCAGGACAAAGCACCCGGUUGUUCUGUGGAUGCAGACGUUGAUGCGCCUGAGUCCCCACAGCCCACUCUUUAUCUGUCAUGUGGUGAUUUAGCCAAAUUCUGUUCUUUGAGGAAAACCCAUAGUGUCUUUGAAAUGUGAAUAUGCCCUGUGUCAACCAGUCAUUGGCUAUUAUUUAAUAUUUGGGGCAAGUUACUUAAUCUCUCUGUGUUUCAAUUACCUCAUUGAAAAGAUGGAGAUAAUGGUGACUUCUCUACAGGAUGGCCUUUAGGGUGGUGGUGUGCACUGCAGUGUGCCUAGCACAGGGCCAGGUCCCUACUAAAGACUCAGAUGUCCAGUAGCUAAUGUCUUUGUUUUUUGUUUUAGGAGUGGACAGAAAGAUGAGCUCAGAGACAUCAAGAAAUAUCUGGUGAGGUCAGGACAGUCAGAAUGGAGACCAUGCCUGAGCCUUUCAGCUCUGGCCACCAGGGCAUGGGGUUGGUAUACCCCCAGGUCCACCACCCACAUAACCUCCAAAACACCAGUGGGAAAAGCCAUGGUAUUUACUACCUCCUUCAAAAAUGUUAGUUCCUUUUCCAUACCCUUAAUAUUUCUCAUGAUACAAAGGAGAACCGUGGUGCCCACUUUCCUGAGCUUUCAAAUCUGCUUCCCUCCUGACAGAGGCAGACUUCCUAGUUGUUCAAACCCUUUCUCAUUAAGUCUGUGUUGACCUGAUCAAAGUUUUUCUUCUACACUAACAUGUUUGAAAACCAUCCAUAGACAAGGCUCCAUUUUUAAAAUUCCAGAACAUGGGAGUGACGUUAUAGCAUUUCCCUGGACCAUGGUGUCUGAAAAGGGCAGGAGAAAUUACUACAUCCUGACCUCACCACCCCUCUCCCAGGCUGUCAUUGCACUACAGUGAAAGGGUUCUCUUCGGCCUAUGGUUUCUCCGGGGCGGGGGGGGGGGGGCCGCGGAGAGAGAGACUAAGGUGGACAUCUAGCCUUUCCCACCUUUAUGGGACACUCCCAGAAAACCUACUCUGGUCUCCCUAACCAGAAUCACAGGUGUAAGCUGUAGGGAUUGAGUGUGGAAUUUGAUUUGGAUGGAAUAGAUAGGAAGGUCUCUUAGCAACCAGUGUUCAGAAAUUGGCAGAUUGUGUUCCCCUUCUUGGUGAUCCCUGAGUACAGAUACUAGCAAGUAGUUCUCAAAGAGAACCAAGCCAAUGGUCCCAUCUAGUCAAGGAAACUUUGGGCAGUUCUGCCUGAUUCAGGCCUUCAGCCAACAAGCCAUGCAGCCCUUACAGCCUGUUGUAGCCCUUCACCCAGGCAAGGAAGCAAAUUUCUACCCCCAUCUACGAGUGAAUAUGGCCUCCAGUUCACAGUCAGGAAGCCUAACCAGAAUACCUGAAAGCUGCAUAGCUCAUCUUAUUGCACUGCUUACAGUGGCAUCCAAGCAAAGAAUGCAUCCAGCAACUCUUCCCAACUGCAGAACCAAAGUGGUGGCCCUAUCUGGCCAGAGAACUUCGUGGGCAGUUCUGCCUGAUUUUUGUCUAUAACCAAUGAACCAUCUUGGAGUCUGUUCUGCUGUCCUGCCUAGAGAGGGAAAUGGGUUCAUGGCCCCACAUGCUACUGAGUAGAGCACUAGGCAGUCUGACCAGAGAACUUGGGCAACUACAGAGCCCAUUCUACAACCACACUGGUGCAUGGAAUCAAGAAAACAGUGCUAUCCGACUGUUCCCAGCCAGUAUCACUCCACUGACCUCAGGGCUUGGACAGUGGCCUCACCCAAAUAGAAAGCCUGAUAGCAAGCCCCACUUACUCAAAUACACUGUCUACUGACCCUUCCAGAACCUCAAGCUGAGCUGACUUGUGAAGAACUGUGUCUGCCAGAGCAAACUUGUAAAGUCAGGACUAAGAGACUGUUUAGUCAAAUGUGUACAUACCAACACAAUGAAUCUGAAAAUCACAAUCAGGUAAACAUGACACAGUGAGUACAAACUAAUAAAGUUCCAGUAACUGACUUUAAAGAAAUGGAGAUAUAUGAACUUUAUGGCAGAGAAUUCAGAAUGAUCAUUUUAAAGAACUUUAGUGAACUACAUGAACACACAGGCACAAAACUAAACAAAAUUAGGAAAAACAAUACAUGAACAAAAUGAGAAGAUCAGCAAGGAAAUCGAAACAUUGUGAAAAGAAAGCCUUACCGAGAUGGAGUCAGAAGGCCAACAUGGAAUCUACCCCAAAAACCAAGAGCACACUUUACACACUGUGUGUUAGACAAUUUGACAAUAAAUUAUACUAAAAAUUUUUUUAAAAAAUUUUUAAUUGAAAAGGCCAACAGGGGGAGCUCUCAGGCCCUACCUCUCCUCCUCAAUUUCAGACUCCACAGGAAGAGAAAGUCCACAACUACUUUACUAUGCUGACAGGAGGAAGAAAGGUUUUCCUCCUUCCCCAGCAACAGCCCUGCCAAUGAAAGACUGUCUCAACUCAGCCAAUGGAAACUCACUAUACUUCAGAUUCCCAGUUUACUCCAGUGACUUUUUUUUUUUUUAUAACAGCCCACCAAACUUCCCUUUUCCUCUAUUUAAAGAGCAGUCCUCUCCUUUGUUCUCAGGAUUUGCCUGUGGUUUUGCAGUAGCUUGCCUGUUCCAAGUUGCAGUUCUCUGCUAUUCCUGGUAAAAUAACUGACAGUUUU